AUGCUGUACUCCCUGCAGUCGUUCCUCAAGUACUUCGCUCUUCUGGGCCUUGUGCCUUUUUCUGAGAGCUGUGCCAGUCGUCAGCACAUACAGAAGGUGUACUCGGGCUUAUUAGUUGCUUUAAAUGUUGCCAUUUUUGGCAUCUCCAUAAUCUUUUUUGAAAACGAAGAGCUGUUCCUCUCAAUCUUGAUCAACAUGAUUGGGUUCGCAUCCAAAAUCAUGUGCGCCACAGUCAUCGUGCUGCAAAUUAUGCUGCAGUACGAUGAGUACUUCGUGUUCUGCAGGGAUAUAAAAAGCCUGGGGAUCAGACUUCAAUGCGAGCUACAAAUUCGUAUUGGCAGCUUGAGCCAGAGGUCGUGCGUCAAAAUUAUAGGGCUUGCAGUCGGCUUUCUGGUGCCCCUUUUGGCUGUCGUCUACGUGUCUCUGAGCUUGUCACUCGUCUACUUCUGGUCCUCGCUCCUGUCGAUCCUCGUCACAAGGGUGCAGUGCUUGCUGGUGCUGCUCUACGUGGAGCUGCUGGGGCACCACGUAGGUCUUCUGGGCGAGAGAGUCCAAAACGUGCUCGCCUGCCAUCUGAUGGGCGCCAACUGCAUUCUGGAUGGCAACUGCAACCAACUCUGCUCGCUGGAGUUCCUCCUGGCACUCAAGCAGAGCCACAUGGAGCUCUACUACCUCUUUACCCACUUCAACGCCCUCUUCGGCUGGACCAUGCUCAGCAUCUACGUGGUGCUCUUCUUGGACAGUACGCUCAACAUCUACUGGACCCAGCAGGUGCUGGCCGAUGAAUAUGAAUACACGUACCUGUACGCCACCUUCGCAGUUUUCGUACCCUCAUUGGUCAUGAUCAUCGCCCUUUGCCGUGGUGGCGAGUUUUGCCGAAGGCAGAAUGCGCUAAUUGGCAGCUACCUCAGAAGCCUGGCCUGCAGUCCCUCGCCUCUGCAGGAACCAGCAUACAUCGAGCUUCUCUAUGAGUUCAUCACGCAAGUGGGUGAAAACUCGCUGGCCAUCAAUGCAGAGGGCUUUAUGGACAUCGACAACUCGCUGCUAAUGUCGAUAUUGGCUGCUAAAGUUACCUAUCUGAUCGUGCUAAUACAGUUUAGUUCACUGUAGUUGCUAAAUCCCCUGACCCACGUUA